AUGAAGACCUUCCAGAUCACCACCCUUUUCGCCCUUAUGGCCAGUGCUAUGGCAUUCGCCCCUCAACUCAACAACGUUGCCAAGGUCGCCACCGCCGCCGUGCCCGUUGCUGCUUUGUCGGCACCUGCCUUCGCCAUGGAGUCCAUCGUCGAGGCUCUUCCCUCCAACACUGUUGCCCUUCAGGUUCAGUUCGGUGCUUACAUGGCUGUUGCACUUGGAGUUCUUCUCCCCGUUUUGUUCUUGAUCAACCUUUUCAUCCAAACCGAAUCCCGAAAGGCUGGACGUGAAGGUGGCAUUGACGCCGAGUAA